AUGUUGGCCAGGCUGGUCUGGAACUCGUGACCUCAGGUGAUUCGCCUGCCUUGGUCUCCCAAAGUGCUGAGAUUACAUGCGUGAGCCACCUCGCCCAGCUGAGAAGAACCAAGGAUGAUACCUGGAAGGCAGAUGACCUCAGAAAACAUCUCUGGGCCAUACAGUCAGGUGGUUCCAAGGAAGAAAAGAAGCACAGAGAGAAGAAGCUGCGUAAGGAGUCUGAGAUGGACCUUCCUGAACACAAGGAGCCAAGGUGCAGGGAUCCCGACCAGGAUGCCAGGAGCAGAGACAGGGUGGCCGAAGUCCAGACCGCUAAGGAGAGUUCUCCAGGGGAGAGGGACAGAGACAGACAUGGGGAGAGGGACAGAGACAGACAGAGGGAGAGGAGAAGAGACACAAAAGACCGGGAGAAAGAAAAGCUGAAGGAGAAAUAUCGAGAGGCAGAGAAGUCUCACAGCAGAGGAAAGGACAGGGAAAAAGAAAAAGACAGAAGGGCCAGGAAGGAAGAGCUCCGGCAGACCAUGGCCCACCACACCCCGCUAGGCCAGGAGGCGCGCGACCGGCAGCUCCUGGAGCGGGCAGAGAGGAAAGGCCGCUCAGUGAGUAAAGUAAGAAAUGAAGAGAAAGAUGACUCUGAAAGAGGAGAUGAAGAUAGAGAAAGAAGAUACCGAGAAAGAAAGCUGCAGUACGGGGACAGCAAAGACAACCCUCUCAAGUACUGGCUUUAUAAAGGAGAAGGUGAGAGGAGACACAGGAAGCCAAGAGAGCCAGAUCGAGACAAGAAACACCGGGAAAAAAGCAGCACAAGGGAAAGAAGAGAGAAAUAUUCAAAAGAGAAAAGUAAUUCAUUCUCUGACAAAGAAGGCGAAGAAAGACGUAAAGAAAAGCGACACAAAGAAGGCCUUCAUUUGGAUGAGGAGAGGCACCGAAGCCACAUGGAUAGAAAAGAGAGAUUGGCGAAAGAGGAGCACAAGAAAAGAGAAUCCAAGAACGGUGAACACAGAAAUCGAGGUGCAAGUUCAAAAAGAGAUGGGACCAGCAGCCAGCAUGCUGAGAAUUUAGUAAGGAAUCAUGGAAAAGAUAAAGAUUCAAGACAGAAGCAUGGCCACGAAGAAGGCUCAUCCGUGUGGUGGAAGCUGGGCCAGAGGCUGGGAGGCGAGGAAACUGUGGAAAUUGAAAAGCAAGACAUUGAUUUAGAAAAUGGUGGAGCUGAUGCAUAUGCAGCCAGUUAUGAAGAUGAUUUUGAAGACUACGAAGAUGACUUUGAGGUUUGUGAUGGCGACGAUGGUGAAAGCAGUAAUAAACCUGAGUCAAGAGAAAAAACUGAAGAACUUCCUCUAGCUCAAAAAAAGGAAAUACAGGAAAUUCAAAGAGCUAUUAAUGCAGAAAAUGAAAGGAUUGGCGAGUUAUCUUUGAAACUGUGUCAAAAGCAAGAUGGAAUAGAAUUUGAAAAGGAGCCAAGGACAGAUACAAACAGUUCCCCUUCCAGAGUCUCCGUUUGCGGAAUUCUUGUGGAUUUUGCCUCAGCUUCACGCCGUCAGAAGAGUCGGACCCAGGCCCUUAAGCAGAAGAUGCGAAGUACAAAACUGCUUCGGCUUAUUGACUUAGAUUUUUCAUUUACUUUCUCCCUCUUGGAUCUACCACCAGUAAAUGAAUAUGACAUGUAUAUCAGAAACUUUGGGAAAAAAAAUACCAAGCAGGCAUAUGUUCAGUAUAAUGAAGAUAAUGUUGAAAGAGACAUUCAAACUGAGGAAAUCGAGACCAGGGAAGUGUGGACCCAGCAUCCAGGAGAAAGCACUGUUGUGUCUGGAGGCAGUGAGAAAAGAGAUCCCUCUGAUGCUGUAGUUAUGCCGAAGAUUGAUACCCCAAGGUUAUGUAGCUUUCUGCGGGCGGCUUGUCAGGUGAUGGCCAUUUUGCUGGAAGAGGAUCGCUUGGCAGCUGAACCCAGCUGGAAUCUUAGGGCUCAAGAGAAGGCCCUGUGUUUUAGUGACAGCUCUUCUCAGCUGAACACCAGUCUGCCAUUCCUUCAGAAUCGAAAAGUAUCCUUGUUGCACGCGUCCCAAGCUCAGCGGCAGAUGGUCGUCUCCGCUCAUGAAUUACCUGAGAAGGCCUUUGCACCCCCACUGGACAGCAAAUAUAUCCUCUGUGUGUGGGAUAUUUGGCAGCCUUCAGGGCCACAGAAGGUUCUGAUAUGCGAGUCCCAGGUCACGUGUUGCUGCUUCAGCCCUUUUAAAGCAUUUUUACUGUUUGCUGGAACAGCGCACGGCUCCGUUGUCGUCUGGGAUUUGAGAGAAGACUCGAGGCUGCAUCACUCUGUGAAGCUUAACGAUGGUUUCUGGACGUUCCGGACGGCCACAUUUUCCACUGAUGGAAUCCUUACCUCAGUGAACCACCGAAGCCCUCUUCAAGCAAUAGAAUCUGUCUCAGCGUCUGUCCACAAAAAGCAGAGCUUUGUGCUUUCACCCUUUUCUACUCGAGAAGAAAUGUCAGGUUUGUCCUUCCACAUCGCUUCCUUGGAUGAGAGUGCGGUUCUCAACGUGUGGGUGGUAGUUGAAUUACCGAAGGCAGACAUCGCAGGUUCAAUAAGUGAUUUAGGUCUGAUGCCUGGAGGGAGGGUCAAGCUGGUGCAUAGUGCUGUGAUCCACUUGGAUGACAGCCUUUCCCAUAAAGGUAAUGAAUUUGGGAGGACUACACAAACACUGAAUGUAAAAUUUCUGCCUUCAGAUCCUAAUCACUUUAUCGCUGGCACAGACAUGGGUCUCAUAACCCAUGGCACAAGACAAGAUUUGAGAGGGGCUCCAAAACUAUUCAAACCUCAGCAACGUGGUAUAAGACCCGUAAAAGUUAAUGUCAUUGAUUUUUCACCAUUUGGAGAACCAAUAUUCUUGGAAACCAAAACCAAAUACACAGCACUAAGAUCUUCGCCAGUAAGAACUUAGAGCUCAAGUCUGAAGAUCCGAGCCGAUAGGAAGAAAACUGGGUUUCCAUAUCCACAGUGCCCUUUCCCCCUUAUUUAGUCUGGCAUGAAGUGCAUGGAAAAAUCUCCCCAGAAUCCAUGGUUUCUGUGCUGGAGAAAGUAAAAAUUGAGGUGGACACCCAGUUUCUUUACUUUCUUGGGUGCCCUGUCCCUGCCUGUGCCCAUGGGGAGCAUCCUUUCUGAGUGCUUGAAGGGAGAAACACCCCUGAGGAUACCCAGAAGCAAAGUGGAGGUGGGACUACUGUCUCCAGCCCUGGAAACUGCACCUCAGCCAAAAGGGCACUCAAUCAGAGUAGCCGCUCACAGCACCAUGCCCAGGCUGUUCCACAGCCUUCUGAACACAAACCCUCAGGACAAAUCCUUUGAGACCUCCCUCGUUUGAUGCAGGCCUCCCUCAAUCACUAAAUACAGCCAAGGUAAACCUCAUCUCAUCUUAAGGUGAACCUCAUCUAUAGCUGAAAAGGAGGCAGCAACCUAGCAGUCAGCAUUUGCUAAGCAAAUAUAUUCAAUAAAAACCAAAGCAAGCUGGACAAAGAAAGCUGGAAUAAAUAAUUAAUCCUGCAAUGCAAAGACACAGACGUACACCCACAAGAAACAGCAGCAAACAGGGAACCAUGACCUCCUCAAAAGGACAAGGCGAAAAUCCAGUGACCUAAUGAGGCAGUGAUUUGUGAACUCUCUUACCAAGAAUUCAAAAAAGCAAUUUUAAGGAAACUGUGAUCUCCAAGACAACACAGAAAAGCAAUUCAGAAAUUUAUCAGAGACAUUUAACAAAGAGAUUGAAAUAAUUUAAAAAAUCAAAUGGAAAUCUUGAAAUUGAGUAACAUAUUUGCUGAACUGAAGAAAUUCAUUAUAGGCUCUCAGCAGCUGAGUGGAUCAAGCAGAGGAAUGAAUUAGUGAGCUAAAAACAGGCUAUUUGAAAAUACACAAUCAAGGCUGGGUGUGGUGGCCCACAUCUGCCAUCCCAGGAUUUGGGAAGCCAAGGCAGGAGGACCGAUGAGCCAGCCUGAGCAACAUGGGGAGACCCUGUCUCUUAAAAAAAUUUAAAAAUUUCCCAUGAAUGGUGGCAUAUGGAGGCAAAUGGAGGCUGAGGCAGUACGAUUACUUGAGCCUGGAAGGCUAAGGCUGCAGUGAGCCCUGAUUGUGCCUUGCCCUCCAGCUUGGGUGACAUUGCAAGAUACUGUUUCUAAAAGGAAAAAGGAAAGGAAAUAUACAAUCAGAGGAGAAAAAUAAAAGAACAAAAAAGGAAUGAAGACCACCUACAAGACAGAGAAAAUAACUUUUAAAGACCAAAUCUAAGCAUUACUGAUAUUCAAGAGGGAGCUAACAAGGGUUAGAAAAUGUAUUCAAAGAAAUGAUAACAGAAUACUUUCCAAAACUUCAUAAGGGGAUGAAUAUCUAGAUAUAGGAAGGUCAGAGAACACCGAACAGAUUGAACCCAAAUAAAAUUACCCCAAGGCACUUAAUAAUCAGACUCUCAAAGGUCAAGAGGAAAGAGAAGAUCCUAUAAGCAGUGAGAGAUAGAAGCAUUAAUAAUAACAAGUAAAGGAGUUCCAAUUCAUCUGGCAACAGACAUCUCAAUGGAAACCAUACAGGCCAGGAGAGAGUAGAGUGACAUUUUUAAAGUGCUGCAGGAGAAACACUGCCAUUCCAAGAAUACUCUGUCUAGCAGAUUGUCAUUCAAAUAUGAGGGAGGGAUAAAGUUUAUCCCAGACAUACAACAGCAGUAAACCAAAGGAGGCUGGGCUUGGUGACUCACACCUGUAAUCCCAGUACGUUGAAGGUCGAGGCGGCUGCAUCACUUGAGGUCAGGAGUUUGAGACCAGCUUGGACAACAUAGUGAAAUAUAACUCUACUAAAAAUACAAAAAUUAGCCAAAUGUGGUGGUGGGUGCCUGUAAUCCCAGCUACUCAGGAAGGUAAGGCAGGAGAAUCGCUUUAACUUGGGAGGCAGAGGUUGCGGUGAGUUGAGAUUGUGCCACUGCACUCCUGCCUGGGUGACAGAGUGAAACUCCAUCUCAAAAGGAAAAAAUACUAAAGGGAAUUCUUCAACCUGAAAAAAAAAGCUAACAUGCAAAAAAAGGCAUGAAGGUAUAAAAGCCAUUCAUGUAAUUAAAUACAUGGACAAACCCAGAAUACUGUAUUACUGUAUUUGUAGUACACAAUAUACUCAUAACUACUAUGAAACCCAAAAGACAAACCUAUUAAAAAUAAUAGGUAUAGCAACUUGUUAAGAUACAGAUAAUUUAAAAAUAUAUAAAUCGAGAUAACUAAAAGUCAAAAUAUGAGCGAGAUAGAGUUAAAGUGUAAACAUUUUUUGUUUGGUGUUUUCCUUGUUUUUAUUUUUUUAUUUGUAUUCUAAGAUAAGUUGUCAUCUCCUUAAAAUAACUUGUUUUUUAGGGCUAGGUGUGGGGAUUUAUGCCUAUAAUCCUAGUGCUUUGGGAGGCUGAGGUGGGAGGAUUGCUUGAGUCUAGGAGUUUGAGACCAGCUUGGGCAACAUAGUGAGACCUCAUCUCUACCAAAAACCCCAAACAAACUGAAAAACCAGUUAUCUGGGUCUAGUGGUGCCCAUGCCCACCUGUAGUCCUAGCUAGCUACUUGAGAGGCUGACAGGGAAGGUUGAGCCUGGGAGGUCAAAGCUGCCGUGAGCUGUGAUCCUGCCACUCCACUUCAGUCUAGGUCACAAGAUGAGAUAAAUAAGUAAAUAAUCACAAUACAGAAACCUAUAAUAGCUUAAUUCAAAAUAAAAAGCAACCAAUUAGAACAUACUAGCAGAGAGAAGGAAGAAGAGAGGAAUCUUAAGCAGAAGACAAGCAACAAAAUGGCAGUAGUGUGUUCUCAGAUAUAAUAUCACUGAAUAUGAAUGUUGUCAAUUCUCCAAUUAAAAGUCAUAGAAUGGCUGAAUGGAUAAACAAGACCAAACUCUAUGCUGCCUUCAAGAAACUCACUUUACCUAUAAAGACAGACAGACACACUCUCUCUCUCUCUCUCUCUCUCUAAAAGUGAAGGGGUGGAAAAGAUAUUCCAUACAACUAGAAACCAAAAUAGAGCAAGAGUGGCUAAACUCGUAUCAGAUAAAUUAGACUACAAAUCAAAGACACUAAAAAAUGACAAAGAUGGGUCUAUAUAAUGAUAAUGGAUUGAUUUACUACAUAAUGACAUAUGGCUCGAUUCAGCAAGAGGAUAACAGUUACAAGUACCUAAGCACCCAACACCAGAACUCCCAAAUAUAGAAGGCAAAGAAACAUCAGAGUUAAACUACACACUAGACCAGUGAUCCUCAACCUUUUUGGCACCAGGGACUGUUUUUUGUGGAAGACAAUUUUUCCCUGAACUGGGGUUUGAGGGACAGUUUCAGUAUGAAACUGUUGCACCUGAGAUCAUCAGGUAUUAGAUUCUCAUAAGGACACUGAAGCCUAGAUUCUUUACAUGCACAGUUCACAAUAGGGUUCAUGCUCCUAUGAGAAUGUGUUGUUAUCACUGAUCUGACAGGAGCUGGAGCUCAGGUGGUAAUACUUGCCUGCUGCUCAGCUCUUGCUGUGUGGCCCAGUUUGUAACAGGCCCUGGUCUGUUACUGCUCAUGGCUCAGAGGUUGGGGACCUCUGCGCUAGACCAAAUAGGCCUAACAUUUACAGAAUACACAUUCUUUACACUAGCACAUGGGACAUCAUCCAGAAUACACCGUAUCUUAGGCCCCAAACAAGUCCAUACAAAUUCAGAAAAAUAGAAAUUAUAUUGAGUCUCUUUUAUGAUUACCAUGGAAUAAAACUAGAGAUCUUUAACAGAAGGAACCUUGAAAAAUACACAAACACAUGGAAAUUAAACAUCUUCCUGAAUGUCUAGUGGGUCAACGAAGAAAUUAAGAAGGAAAUUUAAAAAUUUAUUGAAACAAAUGAAAAUAGAAAUGCAACAUAUCAAAAUUUAUAGGAUAUGACAAAAGUAGUACUAAGAAGUUUAUAGUAGUAACAAAUGCCUUCAUCCAAACAAGUAGAUUUCAAAAUAAAUAAUGUAACAAUACACCUCAAGGAAGGAGAAAAGCAAGAACAAACCAAACCCAAAAUUAGCAGAAGGAAAGAAAUAGUAAAGUUCAGAGCAGAAAUAAAAUUGAGACAAAUUACAGAAGGUCAUUGAAAUGAAAAUUUGAAUUUUGAAAGAAGCAAAAUUGGUGAACUUUUGGCUAGAAUAAGAAAAAGAUUAAAAAAGAAUCAGUCAAAAAAGGAGAUACAACAACUGAGCCCUAAAAAAUAACAAAUAAUCAUUAGAGACUGUUAUGAAUUGCUAUAAGCCAACAAAUUGGAAAACCUUGAAGAAAUGGGUAAGUUCUUGGACACAUACAACAUACCAAUAUUGAACCAUGGAGAAAUAGAAAACUUCAGUAAAUCAAUAAUGAGUAAUUAGAUUGAAGUUGUACUAAGUCUCCCAUCAAAGAAAAGCCCAGGACCUGAUGGCUUCACUGCUGAAUCCUACCGAAGAAUUAAUGCCAAUACUUCUCACAUUCUUCAAAAAAAUUGAAACGUUCUACAAGGCCAGCAUUACCGUGAUGCCAAAACCAGACAAGGACACAACAGAAAAUGAAAACUACGAGCCAGUAUCCCUGAUGAGCAGAGGCAAAAAUCCUCAACAAAAUACUAGCAAACCAAAUUUAGCAAGAUGUUAAAAAGAUCUAUUCACUGUGAUCAAAUGGGAUUCAUUCCAGGGAUGCAAGGAUGGUUUAAAAUAUGCAGUCAAUAAACAUGAAACAUCACAUUAACAGAAUCAAGAACAAAAAGCAUAUCAUUUUAAUAGAUGCCAAAAAAAGCAUUUGAUAACAUUCAGCAUCCCUCUGAUAAAAGCCCUCAUCAAACUGGGCAUAGAAGGAACAUACCUCAAAAUAACAAAGGCUUUUUAUGACACACCUAUGGCUAACAUCAUACUGAGUGGAAAAGAAUUGUAAGCCUUUCCUCUAAAGGCUGGAAUAAGACAAUGGUGCCCACUUUUGCCACUCCUUUUCAAUAAAGUACUGGAAGUCCUGGCCAGAGCAGUUAGACAAGUGAAGGAAAUAAAGAGCAUCCAUUACUGGAAAGGAAGAAGUCAGAUUAACCUUGUUUGCAGACAGUAUGACCUUUUCCUAGAGAAACCUACACUCCACCAAAGAAACCGUUACAACUGACACACGAAUCCAGUAAAGCUGCAGGAUAAAAAAUCAGUAUACAAAAGUCAGUAGUGUGUAUAUAUGCCAACGGCAACAAUCUGAAAAAGAAAUCAAGAAAGCAGUCUUCUUUAUAGUAGCUACAAAAAUGUAAAAUACCUAGGAAUCAGUCUAACCAAAGAUGUGAAAGAUCUAUAUGAGGAAAUAAAACUGAUGAAAGAAAUAGAAGAGGACACAAAAAAUGGGAAGACACUGCAUGCUCGUGGAUUGGAAGAAUUAAUAUUGUUAAAAUGACAGUGCUGCCCAAAGCAAUUUACAGAGUCAGUGCAAUCCUCGGAAUACCAAAGAAAUUCUUCACAUAAAUAGACAAAAAAGCCCUAAUAUUUAUAUGGAAUCGAUAAAGACCCUGAAUAGCCAAAGCAAUCCUCAGCAAAAAGCACAAAGCUAGAGGCAAAAGUAGACAAUUGAGAUUACAUGAUUCUAAAAGGCUUCUGAACAGCAAAGGAAAUGAAAAUAUUUGCCAAUUCUUUAUCUGACGGGAUUAAUAACCAGAAUAUAUAAGGAGUUCAAAUAAUAGCCAAAAAAAAAUCUGAUUUUAAAGUUGGCAAAAGAUCUGAACAGACAUUUCUCAAAGGAAGACAUACACAUGGCCAAGAGAUGUAUGAAUAAAAGCUCAGUAUCACUAAUCACAGGAAUGCACGUCAAAUCCACAACACGCUUUUCUUUCACCCAAGUUAAACUGGCUCAUAAAAAAGGCAGUAACAGAUACUGAUGAGGAUGUGGAGAAGGGAGCCCUUGAACAUGGCUGGUGGAAAUGUAAAUGAGGCCAGCCAUUAUGAAAAACAGUAUGGUGGUUCCUCAAAAAACUAAAAAUAGAACCACCAUAUGAUACAGGAAUUCUACUACUGGGUAUGUAGCCACAAGAAGGACAAUAAAUGCAUCAAAGAGAUGUCUGCACUCUUAUGUUUACUGUGAUACUAUCCACCAUAGCCAAGAUAGGGAGUCAACCUAAGUGCUCAUCAGUGGAUGAAUGGAUAGAGGACACGUGGUAAAUAUACACAAUGGAAUAUUGGGCAUAAAAAAGAAUGAAACCCUGUCAUUUACAGCAACAUGGGUGGAAGUUACUGGCCACUGUGUGAAAUAAGGCACAGAAAGGCACAUAUCACAUGUUCUCACUUAUAUACAGUUGCUAAAAAAGUGGCUCUCGUGAAGACAGUGUGUGGCAUGGUGGCUACCAGAAGCUCGUGUGGAUGAAAAGAAAAGCAUAUAAAAGUAUUAAUUACACUGAACUGUACACUUACAAAGAUGGUAAAUUCCUGAUAUAUAUUUUUAUCAAUAAAAAACAUUAUUUUGUUGAUUGCAUUUUGAAAUAAUGUUUUACCUUUUUUUUUUAAUUUUGAGAGGGUCUUGCUCUGCUGCCAGGGUUGGAAGUGCCGUGGCACAAUUAUAGCUCAGUACAGCCUCAAUCUCCCAGGCUUAAGCAAUUCUGUCACCUUGGCCUUCUGAGUAGCUUGGGAUUACAGGUGCAUGUCACCACACCCUGCUAUUUUUUUUGUUUAACUUUUUAAUGUGGCUACCAGAAUAUUUUUUUUUUUUUUUUUGCUUUUGAGACAGAGUCUUGCUCUGUCACCCAAGCUAGAGUACAGUGGCAUGGUCUCAGCUCACUGCAACCUCCACCUCCCGGGUUCAAGUGAUUCUCCUGCCUCAGUCUCCUGAGUAGCUGGGAUUAUAGGCAUGCAUCACCACGCCCUGCUGAUGAGAAUUUUAAAUUAUGUAUUUGGUUCCUAUUUGUGGUUCCCAUUAUGUUAGAUAGUAAUUUUAUUAGAUAGUAAUGUUUGUGGUCCAGACCUUGCCUCUGUGACUAAGGUGUGCACAUUAUUAGUAAAUCUCUUGUUUUGUGAAGGUGCAUGAAAGAAUGAUGUUUUAAAAGGAUUAAUGUAUUCUGGCCCCAGGGCCUGAGCUGGUCCUGAGUCCAGAGGUACAGCAGGUCUUCAGAGGUUUCUGGGCCAGCCUCUGGAAGGUUCUGCCCUGGCCUGUUUUUACACCCUCCCAAGAGGACCUCCACUUACACACUGGAGGUGCUGGGUUGCCCUCAUGCACCUCAGAGCCAGGGGCUCUCAUGAGUGUCCUGACACUUCUGUCCUCGGCUUUCUGAAAGUCUUACCUGCCUAGGUGGUACAAAUCAUUUUAUAUGAUUAUUGAAUGGAUCUUUUCUAAAAAAUGUUUAUUUUGACACAA